UCUCCGGAUCUCUGAUCUUGUUACAUGAACUUGGACUGGAUUGUCAUAGCACACAGUGUUUGCACGCAGAAGCACAAGAUGGGUUUUCUAACAACGAAAAUGAUGGAGAGAACUGCACUGUUUUUGUCUUUUGGCAGCUAUCUCACUUCUCUGACCACUGCCUUUUUACCCCUGUGGAAAACGAUGAACUCUGAUCUCAACGAGGUGGAGAACUGGUUUUCAGGGCUUUGGCUCACCUGCCUCUACACAGACGAGAGGGGGAUUCAGUGCAAGGCUUAUGAUUCAGUCCUGGGUCUGCCAAUGGAUCUGCAGAUCUCCAGGGUGCUUGUAUUAAUAUCUAUUGGAACUGGAGGUUUUGCUCUACUGACUGCCUUUCUAGGUCUGGAGGGGGUAGAGAUGUGUGUGAGGAAGCCAGAUGUAAAAAGAGGGCUCCUAAUCUUCAGCGGGGUGAUGACCUGGCUGUCUGGACUUACCACUCUGGCUCCUGUCUCCGUUGUUGCGUAUACAACAGUGGUGGAAUUCUGGGAUGAAGGUUUUCCUGAUGUGAUGCCUCGGUGGGAGUAUGGUGAGGCGAUGUUCUCGGGAUGGUUCGGAGGUCUGGGGCAGGUCAUUGGAGGAACUCUGUUCUUUGUAGCUGUGUGCAUGGGGGACUAUGACCUGCAAAGACUGAGUGUUCCAGUCAGUCCAGAGCUGAAGCCCUGGACAAAGCACUACCUGAAGACAGAGGUCUUGUAGCUUUCUGUGUCACAUCCAUUUUUAUUUGACAGAAUGACAGCAUGUUUUUACAAGUCAUUAAUAAAUUUGUGAAUGAUGAAUACAUUUGUAAAAAUAGCUUUCAUUAAAA